GUAAACGGCGCCUGCAAACAUUUUUUUUUUGAUUUAAAAGUUAGCUUAAGUGUCUCAUAAAAGAAAACAUGGUCAGUUCCAAGGAAGCUGACAAGACCCGACCGCCGCGUCCAAAGUCGAACUUUAAACCUGGCAACAAUAAACCAAACAAUAAGUUCAAAUCCGCACCGAAAUUCGCCAAGAAGUCGGACAACACAAAAGCAAAGCCAGGCGGUGCUCAUAACAAAUUUGCUGGUAAACCGGUGUGCAGUGGGGAGCCCGAGAAGCAGGACUGGAACAAGUUCAAGCAGGAGAAAAAGGAGCUCAAGCUGAAGCGCAAAAGCACCCGCGACACCUACGAGAUCACCAAGGAGGCCAAGCAGAUCUACGAGAAGCUCCGAUGCCGCAAAACCGAGAACAAGGACCAGCUGGUGGAGCAAAUGUUCAAGAUCCUCAAUGUGGGCGACACCAUUUCGAAGAUAGUCAAGGCCCACGACACUGCCCGUGUGCUCCAGUGUAUGCUAAAGCAUGCCACACCGGCGCUGCGAGCCGAAAUAUCCGAGAAGCUGCUGCCCUACGCUGUCGAGAUGUGCCAGUCGAAGUACGCCCAGUUUUGUGUCCAGCGUAUGCUCAAAUAUGGGGCCCCAGCCACCAAAAGCAAGCUGGUGGACAGCCUCUUCGGGCACAUUGUCCGCCUGGCGGGGCACAGUAUUGCCAGUGGUCUGCUGGACGUUAUGUACCAGGGUGGUACUCGUCAGCAGCGUACCCAUAUGCGGCAGGAGUUCUACGGUGAUCUGUACCGCAAGGCCAAGGAUUCGAGUGUGAAAACACUGAGCGACACGUACAAGGAGGCAACCAAUAUGAAGGCCUCCAUUCUCGGCUCUGUCAAGGCCAAUCUGGAUCAUGUGGCCAAUAAAAAUCUGGUGGACAGUUCCCUGGUCCACUGCGUCAUGCUCGAGUACCUGCGGGCCUGCGAGGAUGAGGAGGAGAAGCUGGAAGAGACAGUCACAGCGUUUGCCGCCCUUGUGCCGCACAUGCUCAGCACCAAGGAGGGCAGCGAAGCAGCCGUCAUUUGUUUCUACAAAUCCACGCCCAAAAAUCGUCGAGCCAUCAUCAAGAACAUCAAGGAGCAUCUGCUGAAGAUAGCCACCCACGAGCAUGGUCAUGUAUUCCUCAUCUCGCUACUGAACGCCCUCGACGACACAAAGGCCACCAAGAAGGCCAUCUACGAUCAUCUGCACGGCGAUCUAAAGCAACUGGUGGGCAAUCAAUAUGGCCGCAGGGUGGUCCAGUGGCUGGUGGCCCCUGGGGACACCACCUGCUUUCAUCCCACAUUCAUACGCGUCAUUGAGGAGGGUCUGGCCUUUGGAAAAAAAGAGAAGGAGACGCGUCGCAAGGAGAUAUUCGAACAGAUCGAGGCGCCCAUUGGCGAGGCCAUUGUGGAGGAUGCCGCCUUUUGGCUGUCCAACAGUCACAUUGGCCUGGUCACAGCAGAUAUUCUGAAUCACAUCCAAGGUGAAUCUUAUCAAAAGGCAGUGGAGGCCCUCGCCCAAGUUGUGGUUCAGCCUGACUGGCGUAUUACAGCGGAUGCCGCUGGGGCACAGCCACUGCAGCAGAAGAAGGGGCAUCAGGAUGUGGAGGACAUCAUUGCUGAGGCCACAAAGCAGCGUAAGAAACUGACAAAAGUCGAGGAAAGCAGCGACGAAGAUGACGAGGAAUCGGCGGAAGAGGAAGCUGAUAAAGAGGAAGCUGACGCCGACAUAGUGAAGCCCAAAAAGGCCAAGAAGGAACCAAAACCGGCCAAAGAAGAGCCAGCCAAGCCGCUCGUCACGGGCAUCGAAGAGGCCGGCAUGCAUAUUGUGCUCAAGAAGAUCCUCAAGAACGAUGGCAAGCAACAGGUCGAGGAAGGGCGCUCCUUUGGCGAACAGAUCCUGAAACAUUUGACCAGCGAUGGUCUCAAGGCCUGGCUUUCGGUGAAUCGCGGCUGCUUUAUCUUGCUGAAGCUGGUGGAGGAGCGACCCCAACUGCUGGACACUUGCCGCACGACCAUCGAGGCAGAGGAGGAGGUCGGCCAGCUGCUGAAGAGCCAGAAAACGCUGGGGGCCAAGCUAUUGGCUGGUAAACUGAACAUUGGCAAAUGAAAAUCUUAGUCUUUAGAUGAAUUAAUUAAACAUUUAUAAUCUAUUUUGAAA